UCCUCUCUCCCUUCCUCUUGCUGCUUCCUCUUGGAAAUUAUGGCUCAUCCGGGGAGAAGAGGCUACGAUAACCGGGAGAUAGUGCUGAAGUACAUCCACUAUAAACUCUCGCAGAGGGGAUACGACUGGGCUGCCGGCGAGGACAGGGCACCCCUGCCUCCAGGUCUCUCUCCUCCUGCUGCUGCUGCGGUUGCUGCUGCUGCUGCUGGGACUUCCUCUGAUCACACUGGGCUGGUGUCUCCGCACCCCGAGCCCCCAGGCUCGGCUGCUGCUAGCCACGCGCCCCCAGCUGAGGGGCUGCGCCCCGUGCCCCAGGUCGUCCACCUCGCCCUGCGCCAGGCGGGGGACGAGUUCUCCCGCCGCUACCAGAGGGACUUUGCCCAAAUGUCCGGCCAGCUGCACCUCACGCCCUUCACGGCCAGGGGCCGCUUCGUGGCGGGGGGGGGGGGGGGGUUUUUUUAGGGGGGUGACUGGGGGGGGAUCGUGGCCUUCUUUGAGUUCGGCGGCGUGAUGUGUGUGGAGAGCGUCAACCGGGAGAUGUCUCCCCUCGUGGACAGCAUCGCCACCUGGAUGACCGAGUACCUGAACCGGCACCUGCACAACUGGAUCCAGGACAACGGAGGCUGGGAUGCCUUCGUGGAGUUGUAUGGCAACAGUAUGAGGCCUUUGUUCGAUUUCUCCUGGAUCUCUCUGAAGACUAUCCUGAGUCUGGUUCUGGUGGGAGCUUGCAUCACUCUUGGCGCUUAUCUCGGACAUAAGUAGAGUCACCCAGUUUAUCGUGGAUUACAAAAGUCUUUUAAAACAACAAAAUAAUAUUUUUUUUUUCUGUAGCACAAUGAUAUUUUAUGAGCAAAACAACUUCCCAGCUAAAGAUUAAAUCAGCUAUUACUGCCAAAGGAAAUAUCAUUUAUUUUUACACUGCAGGAAAAUUAUUUAUUAAAAGAUAUUUACAUUUUAACCUGCUAUUUUCAGAAACUCUGCAAGUUGUAUCUGUCAUCACAUCACGUUGUUAUUCUUAACUUCAAUGAGGGUCAAAGUCUAUUAGGUUCUUUUGUUAAUUAAUGCAGCUGGCUGGAUUAUUUUAUCUCUGAAGAGCAAAUACACUGUCAAAGACCUACCUGCUUACACUUACGAGGGCAGUUACUUGAGCUGCUAAAGCCUGCGCAGUUGUGUUGAUUUUCCUUGCAUUUUCCGGAUGGCUGGGAGGGAACUGAAAGACAAGGUCAGCGUGAACAAAGUUCUCACCCUGUCCUGCUGGCAAGAACUGAUGGAGUAAACGAUUCAACAUGGUACAUACGUGGAGUCAAGAUGGCAACUUCUUGAAGGACACCUGGCUAUACCUACAGGAGAACAGAUGGAAAUAUGAUUGCCUAUGCCUUGUAAACAUGCGUUUUCAAGUUACCAGUUGUGCCAUCACGUCAUAAUCACAAUACCCUAAUACAUGUCAACUCGAAUACUUUUUUUUAAUAGAAUUGUGAAGUUAAAUCUUUGGGGCUUGCAGGAAAUUGCUGUUCCAAUGAUUUUCUCAGCAGUAAAACGUUUUUUGCGGCUACUGACACAGAAACAUCAGGAGACCUUAAGUGCCUGCUUCGACAGAGCAGAGCUGGAGUCUGAAGACCUGACCUGUGU